AGUUGUUUUCUUAUGUCGUAUGGGUGACAGUUCGCCGCGAAGUGUGUUUCUUGUUGAUGGGUUGUCAUGUAGUAUAUGUCACUACUUCAGAUAGAAACUCGAUCAUUCAACUUUUGAACGUUAUUGGGUUCCACAACUUGUAUAGUGUACUGGUCUACAUGCCACUCACAAAGACAUCUGAACCAUUUACAAAAAUAUUCCACGAAACUGUUGUUAAUGUGAGGAAAUUUGAGUACACAUGGAAGAUACGCAAUAUAACACACUGUGGAAAGCAGCCAGGAGAGGCUCUAGAGUCAUCCAUAUUCUGUGCUGGUGACGAUUGUUCAGUUAAAUGGCAGUUGCUUUUGUAUCCUUAUGGGUCAUACAAGGAGUUUAGAAAAAGCCUCUCCCUUCAUCUCACCCUCGUGUCAUGUCACCAGUCAUCAGUAUAUGCCAAAUACAGAUUUAGUUUACUGGAUAGCAAUGAGAAAGAACAUUUUGUGAAGUCAACAAGUUGGGCUGUCUUGUUCAGACCCGGUUACUGGCAAGGCUACGACGAAUAUGUCGAUCGGAGCAGCUUGUUAGAUUCUCCCUUCGAUCUGCUGUCAGAUGAUACGCUGACAAUCCGUUGUAGCGGAGGAGUCGUAGCGGACUGGACAGUACCUGUGCCGGAGUGCAGUCUACGUGAGGAUCUUGGGGCUCUACUAGAUUCUGCCAGAUUUGGCGACGUCUGGCUCUGGACAUUAGAUGGUCGUCACCUUCUGGCCCACAAAGCUAUAUUAGCUGCACGUAGUCCAGUUUUCUCAGCUAUGUUCAAUCACAAUAUGGAAGAGACCAACUGCAAUCGUGUAGACAUAACAGAUGUAGACUAUGACGUCUUGCGGGAAGUAGUGCGCUACAUGUAUACUGGGCACACUCCGAACUUAGAAGGAGCAGCAGACUGUCUGUUAGCUGCUGCUGAUAAGUACCAGCUCCCUGGUUUGAAAGCCAUGUGCGAAAAUGAACUUGGUGCGGGGCUUACCACAGAAAAUGCUGCCGGACUGCUCAUUCUCGCUGAUCGCCACGGCGCAGCUUCCCUCAAGGAGCGUACUCUCAGAUUUAUAGAUGCACAUCUGAAACAUGUAAUUGGAACUGCUGGAUGGAAACAAGUAACCUUGUCACAUCCUAACCUUGUUAAGGAAGUGUCAGGGGAACCUUUGCUCCAUGAUGGAACGUAAAUGGGAUGACAGGAAUAUUUUUUCAUAUUGUAUACAUAUGGGUAAAAGGUGCAAAAAGCAUUAUUAGGCACUGCUGCUCCUGAUCUAGAAAUGUGCGUAGGGUGCACAUAUCUGUUAAAAAAUCUUAUUUCUCUGCUGUUUUUCACUAUUUUGCAUUUAUUUUUAUAAUUUUAUUUCUUCUUGUAUAGACUGUAAUUACUUUUCUGUAGUGUUGAAACUUCUGUGCAUUAUCAUGUGUAAUGUGUGAUGACAGGUGAAACACUAGUUGGACAAAUUGUGUGGUUUCUUGCAUUUUUCUGCUAUGUGUUACAGAAUUUCCUACAAUUUUACUAUUCAUGCAACAUGUACUUAACUGUGGUUAUCAGUACUGUGUAGGCAUCUGCAAGGUGAAGGGGUUGUGCAAAUUAACAUUAGAAAUAAAAAGCAUGGAGUAAUGCAGCAAAUCCUUAAACAUGAACAGAUCUCAAGUUUAAUAAGCAAAUAGUGCUGUAGAUGUCAUUAAAGUUGAAUAAGUGUUUUUUUUUUUUUUUAAUUCCAUGUUUCUUCACUUCAUGGAAUAUUAACACUUUUUGUUGGUUAUUUUUGUUGAUAUCCAGCAGUAUUUUCUCAAUUAUUCUGAAUUUUUAUAUUUCAUAUUUUAUAAUUUCAGUAUCAACAUAACACCACUGGCCUAUAAUAAUAUUUUGUUAAUAUUUUCUGUCUAUACUUAAUAAAUGAUCAGUUACUUUCGAUGUAAUCAUACGAUGUUAUAAUUUCGAUUGUUGAAUUUCAGACAAUAGCAAUUUUAGAAUUUGGCCCCCUGUUGGAUUAAUUUCUGUGGAUGUUCCGCCGUACUGUAUUCCAUUCCAUUUAAAUUUAUAUUGCCUCACUCCUAUUUACAUUUGCAACCUGCUUGCUGUAUCAUUACCCACAUACAUUGUGAAUGCAUGUUAUGACACGAGUUUACAUUAUAAUGUUUCUUUGUAGUGGACAGCUCAGGGUAAAUUAUUUAUAGUUCAUUUUAAAAUAUUUUUUGGUUCCUAUUGCCUCAUAUCUCUUCAACAAUGAGGAAGAAAUUAAAUUACUCAGGUGUGAAAGAAGUAUCAGUAUUGGUUUUGGUUUUAUUGCCUUUGAUAAUUAUAUUAACCUGAUCACUGUUAGUGCAAUUUCUAUGUAUAUUUGUAAAUAAUUGAUCAAUACAAACUGAUGUAAUUGUGUAGCACAGUUACUAAUCUUUGUACAUAUUUAAUUUUUUGAAGUUAAGUUUGAUUAUUGCAACACAGUUUGUGGACCAACUGCGUAGGAUUUUGCAGUGGACUUUAUAAGUGCAAAUUGUUAUGUUUGAGUAACAAGGCAAAGUUCAGAAGGUGGUUUAGUUUGCAGAUGAAGGAGUUGAUGAUCCACAGAACAUGCUUGACACAGUAGUUGACUUCAAGAUGUUGCCUGUUUGUGUUGUAUUGAAAGUUUAUGAAUUAAAUGAUAAUGAGAGAUUAAAAUUGUAUCAUGUACGGAUGAUUGAAAAUCAAGCAGAAGAUGUUUUGUUCAUUUAAUAUUGUGAAAAUGGUUUACUAAUGUUCUAUCAUCUUAAUGUUCAAGGUAGUAAUAAGCUAUGUAUGUUGAAUAUGCUGGAAAGAAUUAUACUGCAGAAUACGAGAGGAAAAAAAUGUUAAAUGUCAUUCACAUUAUAAAACCAAAUAAAUAUAAAUAUUUUAAUGUGUUGUUGUAGCCAGAAGUAACGCUAGCUAGCUAUGAAGGCUAAACUCUCUUUACAUUGAUGAAAUACAGCAAAUCAUGUUUGGC